AUGACCCAAAUCUGCUUCUCAGUCCAGGCCUGGUGGCGCGUAGUCGCCAAAGAGGGCAUCAAGUUGUUCAACGGCCAGACAAUGGGCUUUGUGCAUCUCCUGGUAUAUACACCAACCACCCUGAAAUCGCCUCUCAACUAUGACUUUGAUGAAGACCGUUUCGCUUUUACGAGCAGCGCUGCCCACCAGGCUAGAAAGGCGCACUAG